AUGGCUACACACAGUCGCUUUUACAUGCCCGACGAGGGACAUCCCCACGAACAAACUCUCAUGGCCUGGCCGGGGAACAGCAACCCAAGCUAUCAGGAACCCGGAAGCCUCAAGCGCAUGAAGGCUGAGCUGGUCAGCAUAGCAAAGGUCAUCUCUGCCUUUGAGCCGGUGACUCUGAUGGUCAGUUCUGACCAAUUUUCCGACGCUGAACGUGAGUUUGCAAGCUGUGGUCAGUACGGCGUCGACAUCAAACCGACCACGGCAGAUGAUCUUGAGCCCUGGAUGCGAGACAUUGCACCGACAUUCGUGCUUAGCAAUGAGUCCUAUCCCGCUCUCUACGGGGCAGACUUCAACUUCAACGGCUGGGGAGGGCGAUAUCCGUCGUCCAGCAAUGCUCAUUUAGCUCGCGACCUUCUUAAUGAUUGGUAUAUCCCGCGUCUACAGUCGUCAAUUGUUCUGGAGGGCGGAGCUCUGGAUGUCGACGGUGAGGGAACCAUGCUAGCAACAGAGAGCUCAAUAUUGAACCCAAACCGCAACAAGGACGUGACUCGAGAGAGCAUCGAGCGGGAGCUGCACCGGAUAUUGGGCGUCACGAAAGUUAUUUGGGUCCCCGGCGUCAAAGACAAAGACGUAACUGAUGCUCACAUCGAUGCCCUUGCCCGCUUCACUAGCCCUGGCAGAGUUAUCCUGAGUCGUCCGAGUCGGUACGAUGCAGUGUGGACAAAGGUUUACAACGAGACCAGAAAUAUUCUAUCCCAGACUACUGAUGCCAAGGGACGAGCACUGGAGAUUGUGGAAUUGCCUGAUGCGGAUGCCAACGAUAUAAAAGGGUCGGAGCCAGACAUGGUGGUGAGCUACAUCAACUACCUGCUUGUAAACGACGCAGUCAUUGCUCCACGAUUUGGAAGUCCCAAAGCCGACUCCAACGCGAAAAGGAUUCUGCAGAGCGUCUUUCCUGAGCGGCAAAUUGUCCAGGUCUAUCUGAAUGAGAUUGCUGUCAACGGCGGUGGCAUCCACUGCAUGACGCAGCAGAUUCCAGCAUUGAGGGAGUAG